AUGCGCUUUGGGUUCAACGCCCAGGACCGGUCUUCACCGCGCGAGGUGUUCAACUGGCGGCUGUUCUGGGUCAUCAUCGUCGCCGCUGGCGGGUCUGUCAUUUUCGGCUAUGAUCUUGCUUUUAUCGGUGGUGUCUUCUCUCUGCAGUCCUUUAUUCGUCGUUUUGGUCUUGCUUCGCAAAAUGCAAGUGCCUUGCAGGCGCAUAUGGUCAACCUCUGGGGUGCCUUCUUCGGAGCACCCCUAUUCUACUGGUUCAACGAGCGCUUUGGACGCCGGAGGGCUCUUAUGCUGGCUGGGAGUGUCUUCAAUAUCGGUGUCAUUGUCCAGAUGGUGUGUCAGGGGAAUAUUCCUGCAUUCUACUUUGGCAGAUUCCUGAGUGGGCUCGGUGUUGGUGGGACGACUUUCGUGGUCCCCAAUUAUCUUUCAGAAUGUGCCCCGGCAGCUGCCCGGGGUGGCAUUGUUGGAUGCUUUGAAAUCGGGGUACAAGUGGGUACUAUCACAGGGUUUUGGAUUAACUAUGGAGUGGAAAAACACGUUUCCUCAAUUACGGAUAAACAAUGGUUCAUUCCCAUUGCGUUCCAGUUUAUUCCGGCAACAUUGAUGAUGAUCGGUCUGGUCUUUCUGAGAGAAAGCCCUCGAUGGUAUUUCCAACAAGGACGGCGAGAGGAGGCCAUCAGGUCUCUCACCUGGCUCCGGAACCUUCCUGUGGAGCAUCCCUAUGUAGCCGAUGAACUCGCCGACUAUGACCGUCAGCUGGAGUCCGAGCUCUCAAUUACAUCGUCAUCGGGAAUCCGAGGAAUCAUCUCAGAGACAUUUACCAGGAAAAUGGCCCCACGGCUCGUCCACGGCUGCUUGCUCAUGAUCUUUCAAAAUAGCAUGGGAAUCAACGCUAUGAAUAACUUUUCCGUCACAUUUUUCAAAGUGCUGGGAUAUCAGGGAGCGUCUGCAAAGCUCCUCUCGACGGGCAUCUACGGCAUCGUCAAAGGCGUGUUGGCAACCAUCACGUUCUUGUUCCUGGCGGACCGCUUCGGCCGUCGCUCUCUGAUUUUCGCCGGCUCCGCUAUAUGCGCAUUCUCGAUGUAUUAUGUGGCUGCAUUCUCUGCUAUCACAGAUUCUUUCCAUAGCACCAAGCAACCUGGGGCAGCUGGCAAAGCCGCAGCAGCCUUUAUUUACUUCUAUGGAGCUGGAUACUCCAUUGGGUGGAACAUGCCCUGGGUCAUUGCCGCAGAGAUCUUCCCGAAUCGCAUCCGCGCGUUCUGCAUGGUGCUUACCACUUCGUCCCACUGGCUGGGCGAGUUCUACGUGAGCUAUGCCGUGACGUACAUGUUCGACAGCAUUACCUACGGCACAUUUAUUUUCUUUGGCUCUAUGGCCGUUGUGGGUGCCAUCUACACUUAUCUCUUUGUGCCAGAGACGAGUGGCGUUCCCCUCGAGCAUAUGGAUGUCUUAUUUGAGGCUUCUGGGCUUGCACCUCAGCAGAUGAAGGAGUACAAGGCUUUCCUUGCGAAUCAAACUGACACUCGCAAUCUUAAAAUUAUUGAGAUGACUGGGCAAGAUGUGGCUGCGACUGAGGAUCAGGUGGGUGAUAAGAAACAGGAGCAUUGCCAGGUUUGA